AGCCGUACAGGUUAGGUUAGUAACUGUGACACGCGCGUAACUUGUCUUAUUUAUUUCUUUCUGCUCCAUUGUAACGUUCCCGAGGAGCCUCUACAGUAAAGAAAAAGGUGGAAGAAGAAGAAAAGGAAAAAAAUAUAAAUCUAAAGAAAAAAUACGUUUCAUGUGCGUAUUUCUUCCAAACGUUGUCGCGUGCGCGCCGUAACUUCUUCUUUUCUCUUUCUCUCCCCGGUUCUCGUGUUGCGGACGCGCUCUACGGUCUGUAUUAGAAAAGAAGUCCUUCAGUAGCCUUAAUUUUUCUGCCUUACUGAGACGAGAGAAAUAGUAAAAAGGCGCGCUGUGUUUUUCUUGGUUUUUCUUUUCCGUGUUGUCUGAAAUAUUACUAAACAGCUGAAUUGGUAGAAAGCGCUUAUUACUAUUAUUAGUACUAUUCAUCGCCACUGUCAUGUUCUGGUGCUGAUGGCGGCGUCUGUGUCUUUCAUUACAUACACAUAAACGUGUACCUAUAUACGUUUGUGGAAGCAAAGAAGAAGAAUCACCACCACGGCUGAGCUUUCCAGCAGCUCAAACGGGUGUGAUCUGAUCAAGCAAGCAACAACAACAACGUACAUACAAACACAUACACACCGUUACCCAGUGGUGCCCCUUUUUGUUUGUUAUACAGCACAAAAUCCCACGAAGAAGCACACACACGCACACACACCCAUACACACGCACGGCCUCGAAUGAUUGAGGAAGACGAACCUUUCUUCCUUUUUUUUAUUCUUGUAAUGUGUGUGUGUGUGUGUGUGUGUGUUUGUAUUUCAUCUUGUAAAGGUUUUGUGGUUUUGCGCUCUCCUACUUUCUCCUUUCUUUUUUUUUCCCAAAUUCUCUUGCGGGGAGCUGCGUGCGUGUGUGUGUUUUCGCGUGAAAGCAUUUCAGUUCUCUGCCGCUCCUUUUAUUAUUAUUAUUUUCUUCUGAUUUCAACGCUCUUGAAAAAGUUUUUUUUAUGAUCUCGUUUACGACUUUCUGACUUCUUUUUUAUUUCUCUUCCUGUUUUCUUCUUUUAUGCUUACUUGUUUCCGCAGCUUUGCGUUCCACUUCUGCGAGAGGUGCUUUUCCCAUGUAUACCGUACUAUACCUAUUUCUCGUGAGUCAUGCCUUGAAACUGGUUUUGCCUCUUUCUUUUUUAAAAAUGAUUUUUUGUUUCUUUGAUUUAUUUACUUGGAGACUCGAUAGUGCGGCUUUCGACUGCUCCCGUACGCACGCAGAGGUGCGAAAUGCAAUAUAUAUAUAUACCUAUAUGAUAUUGUGUCCAAAGCAAUGUAGAAGAAGGCGAGGACAAACAGGGUUCAUUACACCGCCUAUUGCUGUCAUUCAUGUUGUUGCCCCUGAGUGUAUGUGACGCAUAGCAAGUCCCAUAGAGACUUCUUCUUUUUUUUUUUCCCCCGAUGCGCAGGCCCUGCGGAGGUUCUGUGGGGUGCAUGGAGGAGGUGUCGCGACCGACAGCAGCUUUGUAGCAGUAACGAGCUCGUCAUGCAUCGCCCCUCCCGUUUUUUGUUUUACCUUCUCUCUCUUUGUGUGUGAGAGGUUCCAUUGGAAAGAGGGGGAAAGAACAACAACGCGGUGUGCAAAGCAACGGAUGUGCUGCCGCUGUGUUUUUCCGUCUUCGCCAAGCGAUGCCUCUCCUCACUCAUCCUCUCGCUCUCCAUUUUCCGUACCUCUUCCUUUUCUUUUCUCUUCACCUCUUUUUCGCAUCUUCGCCUUUCAGAGAAAGCGAGAUGGAAGAGGCGUGUGUGUGCCUGAGGUGAAAGCUCAACGAAUACUUCCAGCGUCUCUUUUCUUCUUCUUUUUCGUUCUCUCUUGAAGCUGUACUUCCCUGAAAGAGACCGCGCAAGUUACGCACGAGAACUGCAGAAUAAUAGCAGUUGAAAAGGAGAACAACACUUUUGAGCCGCACAGCGCCAUGUACAACCCAGCGCUGCCAAAUCACUAUCGCGAUGUCGUCUUCACGGCGUACGUGCGGCGCCGGCAGCGCGAGGAGGCCGACGCGCUCGAGCAGCAGCGGCAGCCGAACGCCCUUGCCUCCGCUCUCUCAUCGCUCGUCUCCACACUCCCUGCCUGUGCCGACGGCGAGACGGUGUCCUCGUCCGGGUUAAGCCUGUCUGCGGAAGAGCUCCACCUGCACCGCAUUAAAGAGUCCGCUGCGCUCGGGAUCCAGAGUGCGGUGGAUAUGGAGAAGGAUGCCCUCGAGGUGGAGCACAGGAAGAAGAAAUUGGAAGGCGCAGACGCCCGCUCGCGUAUUGGCAGCCGACUGGACAAGCUGAAGGCGCUGGCGGCUAAGUCGAAGAAGCUGACGGGAAGCGACGCAGCGGAGAAGACGCAUGCAAUGCCCAUGCCCAGCACAAACACCACAACUGCACCGACGACAACGACAUCUGCCGAGCCCGCGUCGUCGUCUUCUUUGCCAUCCGCACCAUCGGCGACUGCACCCCUCGUUUUCCAGCGCUCCGCGCUCGCCGCAGGUGGCUACGUCAUGACGGCCGCCCCGGUCGACUCCUCAGUCCUCUCCGCCACCGCCGGCGUCGCGACGAGCACGAAGCGAGCGGUGCGCGGCAAGCCGAGCUCGACGUUGCUGCUGCGCUACCUGCGCGAAAGCCCUGUCGCGACAACGUGGAGUGCGGAGCAAGUUGCCCAAGCGGCUGCGUCGCCGACCGCGAGGGAUGCGCUGUGCGCCCCGUUGGUGGACUCGGUACGUCAGCGGUGUCGACGGUUCGGCUUUGUGCGGGGCGUGAAGGCACGGGUGCACACGGCGGCGGCGGUGGCGUCCGUCUUGGGCGUGGCUGCGAUGGACUCGGCGGCGCUGCGGUGUGAGCAGCUGCGACUGUGGGUGCGGUACGACAGCGUGACGGAGGCCUUCAAGGCGGCGGAGAGUCUGGCCAAGGAGCCCGCCACCGCCGAGGGGCCGGUCUUCUGCGUGUGCUUCUAUGUAACCAACUUGUUUGACGCCGACACGCUCGACCUGCGCGCGGAGGACGAUCGGGUGUUAUCGUAG